AUGUCAAAAAACUAUCGAAAAACUAAAAAAUCCUUUAUAAAAGAUUCUAAUGAACCAUCUGUUACUUCUGAUAGAAUAAGAAAGGUUCAAUGUUAUUGUGUUACAUUUAAAAGUCGAAUCAUUGAAGAUAUACCAACAGUUGAAUCAUCUAGAAAACUAAGCCAGGAUAUAUCGAUAGAUCUUUUAGAAGCUGACAUCUCAAGCGAUAAUGAUCUAGAAAUAGAAUCAAUCUAUCAAGAAGAAACAAUCAAAAGACAAUUCAGAAGGCAAAAAAAGGGUCAGUGUAGCAAUAACGAAAAUCAGGAUAAUAGUGACUUUGAUUUUGUCAAAAAAGAACUGUUUAGUGGGUUUGCUGCGCUAGAAUAUGCAUACAGCGAUGAUGAUCUGAAAGUACCUAUCAUCGAUUUUAACGAAAGUUUUCAUUAG